CCCGCGUCCCCGGUGCGGGAAUAUGCCUGCUCCCUAGUUUCCUCGGCUGGCAUAAUGACCGCAGUUCGGUGUGGCUGCGUGGUUGUGUUUGCAAAAGGCUAAGAACUUGCCUUCUCAGCGCUUGCCCAAGCCUUUCCCAUCAGAUCCUCUCGUAAUUGUGGUUUAAUCAUCCUGGCGAAUGUGCAGCAUUUUGCAACUAGUCGGAACGCUGCAAGGGCUUUGAUCUUGGGCUGCGGAGGAAGUGCCAGGCGCGGGUAAGUGUUCCCACGUAUUAAAGGGGUUGCCUUGCACGGGAGCUGGGGAAGAGUAGAGCGGGGGCUUCCUCAUCCCGCACAGCACUGCAGGACCAAAAGGUUUGGCACAAUGACUUGGCCUACAGGGCUUUAGCAGCGUGGCAAAAGUUGGCUGUUUUCAAGUUGCCUUCCCCCUUCCCCCUCCUCCUUCACUUUUGGGAUAUCUGAGCUGGCUUCUCUUCCCUGGGUGUUCCUUUCCUUUUCCCACUUGCUGCGGAAGGGACCAGUCUACCAUGGCCGGGGACAAACUUCCACACAAAGUGAUGGAUCCCAAGAAGCUUGCCAGCCUCUUGAAGAGUGGGACAGAAGGAAUGUUGGUCAUUGAUAGCCGCUCCUUUGUGGAGUACAACUCCUGGCAUGUUCUCAACUCUGUCAACAUCUGCUGUUCCAAGCUGGUCAAAAGAAGGCUUCAGCAAGACAAGGUAUCCAUCACCGAGCUCAUCCAGCCAGCCUCCAGUAUAAAGGUGGAGGCAGAGAAACACCAAGAUGUUGUGGUCUAUGAUCAGAGUACAAGGGAUGUAAAUGGAUUGGCAACCGACAGUUUCCUAUCUAUUCUUCUGGGCAAGCUGGAUAGUUGCUUCCACAGUGUCUCCAUCCUCACAGGGGGCUUUGCCACCUUCUCGUCUUGUUUCCCAGGACUCUGUGAAGGAAAACCAACUGCCAUCCUGCCAAUGAGUAUCUCUCAGCCAUGCUUGCCAGUGGCCAAUGUUGGCCCAACACGCAUCUUGCCUCAUCUCUAUCUAGGUUCCCAGAAAGAUGUCUUAAAUAAGGACCUGAUGACCCAGAAUGGGAUCAGCUAUGUUCUCAACGCCAGCAAUUCAUGUCCCAAGCCAGAUUUCAUCUGUGACAGUCACUUCAUGCGCAUUCCAGUCAAUGACAAUUACUGUGAGAAACUGCUUCCUUGGCUGGAUAAAUCGAUUGAGUUCAUUGAUAAGGCCAAGGUUUCUAGCUGCCAGGUGAUUGUGCACUGCUUGGCAGGGAUUUCCCGAUCGGCCACCAUUGCCAUUGCAUACAUCAUGAAGACCAUGGGCAUGUCUUCAGAUGAUGCCUACAGGUUUGUCAAAGACAGACGUCCCUCCAUUUCACCCAAUUUCAACUUCUUAGGUCAACUCCUAGAGUAUGAGAGAAGUUUGAAGCUACUCAAGGCUUUGAAGGCCCAAGGAGAGAAAGGGGAAGGGGAACCCCAGCAAGAAUACUUUGAGACUUGUGAAGGUAAUAGACCCCAGACUCUGUCUCUCUCGGAAAAGACUGAGGAGGUAUUAAAAAGCACAAUCUUGGAAACACAAUCCAUUGACUCUGAGCGAUCACUAGGAAUUUCAAAGGUUGUCUCACCCAUGGCAUUGCAGCAAGGACUCAAUGGGCUGCAUUUAUCUUCUGAUCGCAUCCAAGACACCAACCGACUCAAGCGUUCUUUUUCUCUGGACAUCAAGUCAGCCUACUGUCCUACCCAAAGGCAGGAGAUCCCGGUGCCUACCGAAGUAGGGGAAACUCCCAAGCUUUGUAAGUUGGACAGCCCUUCAGGUCCCAAUGGUACGUGUCAGUUCUCUCCUCUUCCAGAUGGUUCUGACUGGCCCAGUGGACCUGACUUCAUUCUAGAGGCCAAAGUACGACAACGACGGAAGCACAGGCACCAAGCAGGCUCCCCUGCCCAUGGGCUGAGCCUUAAUUUCAGUGGGAUGUGUGCCAUGCACAAAAGCACCAGCAUGGAGGACAAUCUCAAGCAGACCCUUCGGCUGAGCCUUCCCAAUGUAGGGCAGCAGCUGGCACAGCCAGCCACCACCCCCUCCAAUGCUGGUACUUGGGGGAUGCACGUGGAAUCCCCAAGCACGCCUUCCUCGGAGAACCCCUGGUACUUCAGCACAGACUUGGCAGCGGGCAGCAAAGGCAGCGGGAGUGGGACUCUCUUUGCCAGCGCCACCACCUACUCCUCAUUCAGCUGCAGCACAAUCCAGGCAAGCUGUGAGAUCAGACUGAGGGACAAGCAACGAGGGGAGCAGCGAGAGGUGCGGCAUAGCUGGCACGAGGACACCAUGCCCGAGAAGCAGUUCAAAAGAAGGAGCUGCCAGAUGGAAUUUGAAGAAACCUUAUCGGAGAGCAGAUCUCGGGAAGACCUGGGCAAAAUUAGCAAACAGUCUAGCUUUUCAGGCAGCAUGGAGAUCAUAGAGGUGUCCUGAUUUUCACUGUGUGAGAUUUGAGAGCAAGUGUGGGUGCAUCUGGGGGUGUGGGAGGGGAAGGGAGGUAGGGACGAGGAGGAAGAUGGGUGACAUAUUUAACGGAGGAGAAGGUGGGUGUGGGCGUAGGAGCAUUUUUUUUUUCAUGUGCCCGUGUGCAUUUCCAAAGGGCAUAUCCGCUAAAACGAAGGCAAAGCUAAAGGAAUCUGAAGUCAAGAAACAUAACGGUGCAUGCUUAGUGCCUCCUUUGGUUCCUACCUCCACCACCACGACAAACCACAAUCACAUUCCCUUUCUUGGGUAGGUGGAGAGUAUAUUAACUCUUUAAAUAUUGGGUUCUUUCCUUUUGCAUGCAAAGGGUGCUUUCUCUUCCCCUUCAGAGGGAACGGGGAGAGCUGAUGCAUGUGUCCUACGAUGGGGUUGAAAGAGAAACUAGGGCGAAAUUGAAGCUUGGGAGGGGUGAAAGUUUUCUUGGAGGAAAAUGGUUGCUCUUUGAUCUGCAGAUUUGCAACAGGAAGAGUUAAAGGGAAGCAGGUUCUUUUCUUUGAAGAGUGUAUUACUAAUGAUAAUGAGUACAUUCCUAUCUAACUUAUAGGAAGUAAUCGAGAUUUUGCCUGUCCAUUUCCAUUACAGCUGGGGCAUUUCCUUUCUAUUCCAUCAGGGUUGGACGAUAUAUUGGUGGCUCUUUCCCAAAUUCAGGUGCAGAAACCUGGAGAGGUUUCUUUUCCGAGGCUCCCCUCUUCCUAUACUGAGCAUGGGCCUUUGUGUUUCUCUGGCUAGUAUUCUUUAAAGCUGCUGUUCAGCAGUCCUAUACAUAUAUAAAUAUAUAUUAUAUAAUAAUAUAAAAGAGAGAAAAAAAACAAAGAAAAAAAGUUUAAAGGUUUUACUACAGUUUUUAUUGAGACAAAUAAUUUUCGACUUUUCUUUCUAAUUUAUUUGAAGCUGUUCAUUCUGGCAAUGAUUUUCAGACAAUGUAGGGGCAGCACUCCAGCUCUGUUUUUAUGUAUAUGGUAUUUAAAUCUGAAACACGAGUUUCAAAGCAAUAUCUUAGGCCUGUGGCUCCUUCAAAGGCUUGCAUCAGUGGUGGAAGCACCCCCAAAAGAGAUAAAAGAGGUGUGUGUGUGUGUGUGCGCGUGUGCACAUGUGUGUGGGUGUGUAUAUGGGCAUCUGCUUUUUAUUUUUUAAAAAAAGUGAGAAAAUCUUUAACUCAAACUGAGCCAGGAAUUCUUCUUAAUGCUUCUUUAUUUUCCUUGUUCUAUCACACCUUGCAAUCAAAGCCAUAAAACCUUCUCCUUCCUGGGUCUGAGCAGGGGAUAAUAAUGAGAGCUGUGGCUGUAAGAGUAGGCUUAGCUAUAAGAAAAAAUAGGAAGGGGGAGCAGUCUGCAUAGGAGCUAUAUAUUCAAUUAAAUAUGUGCCACCUGUAAAAGGAGCACAUUAGAUCUAAACCCAGGUUUGUUUGUUUUUUCCAGUGGGGAGGGCUUUCAGAAGGCCAGAGUAUUUAAUUUCCCAUUGACUUAGGAGAACUGGUGGGCUCUUAAACCCAAGGGCAGGCUACUCUGAAUGGCUCCUCUUGUUCAAACAAUGUUAAACCCAGCAUCUGUGGAAGGCAGAUGGAGGUGGAAGAGAAUUUUGGAGAACUAAGACCAUGGAAAUGUUGAAUAAAUUAUGUUGUGGUACUAGAGUAAAAAUCUCUUAAAUAUCCUCAGGCCUAUUUUAGGGAAGCUGCCAGGAGGCAGUGUCUUUUUACUACUGCAAGAACCGACAUUUUAGCUUCAGUUCACCAUCCAAAAUCUCUUGUCUCCUCUAAGUAUUCAUUCACCAUCGAUCAGGGAUUUUUCAGUGAAUGCAAAUCAGUCAGUGAGCAAAUAGUCCAAAGACAAAGUUCACUUAGCAGGUCAUCAAAGUGAACAGCCUUUCAAGAAAUGAAGUUCUAGAAAAGAUAAAGAAUAUUUUAGAUGUAAAGUGACGCACCCAUCCCAAAUUCAGUUUUCUAAGCCUCUAGAAUGUUAUUAAGGACUUCAGUUUGAUCAGAGAUUUUGUCUUGAAUUUAAGAAACUCGUGUCAAUGACCAAGACAAGAAAACUAGUUUUGAAGGUUUUAUCUAAAUAAGUCACUGGGAAGUAAUUUGGAUGAACGUUUUUCUGCAGGUAACAUUUUUCUUCUUAGGGGGAGGAAAGGUUUCUCUGGCCCCUUUUAAAAGAUGUACCAUCUUUUUCAGAUUAUAAAAUGCUCCAGACUAUAAGACGCACAUAGCUUUUGGGGAGGAAAACAAGAAAAAAAAAAAAACCCUGUCUCUGCCUCCCAGCAAUUUGCCUCCUUACAGCAAAGAGCAGACAGCCUGGUCAGCUUCAGCACAGCCUGAUUUAGCACAAGCAGCUGAUUGGCGAUUGGAUCGGCCUCCCGGAAUACCACCUAUCAGCUGUUCCAGGCUGCGGGGAUCACCACCACCUAUUUCUAUCUCUGUGCACCCCAUUUUCGGCCUUUGCGUGCCCCAUUUUCAGCCGCCGCCUAUCCCCGCUGCCUGGAACGGGCCGAAAAUGGGGUGUGCGGAGGCAGCAAUAGUCAGUGGCGAUGGGUGGCAGUUUGCUGCAAGGAGGCAAAUUGCUGGGAGACAGAGGCCGGUGGGUGGGGCUUCAGCAACAUUUGCUCUAUAAGACAUACAGACACUUCCACCCACUUUUGGGGGAGGGGAGUGCAUCUUAUACACCGAAAAAUACGGUAUAUCUUAAAUCAGAAGAGGCCAUAGCUCAGGAUUUUUUUCACACCACAAGUGGAUAAUUGGACCUUUUCCCAGCUGUUAAAAUAUGGUAAUAAAAUGACAAAUGUAAAAUAGAUCACUUCUGACUGGUAGAAACACCCUGCUCAAUCAACUUGAUACUAGGGCUGGCCUUAGAUGAGGAGAAAAAAUGGGUUUCACAUUACUGAACAGUAGGCAGAUUCAAAUGUGUUUCUGGUGGAGAAGAUUGAGAAAUACUACACACUGCUGGUUUUCUGGUGGAGUAGGGAAGAUUAUUUGUAAGCCACUGACUGUGUAGAUGAGCUCAGCCAAGCAGAGGGUUUACCCCUCAGUGGGUCACUUCCUUGGGAACCUCUUGUGUGGAAGCUCUCCAUGGAAGUGAGCUGCUUUAACCUGGUAAACGUUACAGUCCCAGUGUUGUAUGAAAUAUUUGUCGAAGGCCUCUAUUUCAGAAGGCCAUGUUGUUUACAUUGCCUUGAACAGGUACAAAACGGAACUUUAGGGCAAGCAAAUGAACACGCAUGUCAAGAUAAUAAUUGGCCACAAGUGUACGAUCCCAGUCGAAACACAAGAGUGGGAAGGAUGUUGCACAUUUUCAUUAUCGGCUACUCUGAACAUAUUUGUGGCGAGCAGCAAAGGAUUCAGCUCAGUUCAUGACACGGAGGCACCACAGGGGCUGCUCAUCUAUUUAAAAUAAAGGCACAGUACUGUCUCCCUGAAAGCACAUUUUCUUCUUUGUGUAUCUGGUUUUGUAUUUGCUCCUUUCGUAUCACGUGCUGGUUUUUUUUUUUGUUUGGUUUGUUUGUUUGUUUUUGUUUUGAGCCAAUACCUCAGGGUUGUUUGUGUAGCUUUUAAAAGGAAAAAAAAUCUUUUUAGUGCAUUUCUUUUCCCAUUUCUUUCUUGUUCAGCUGUAUUUUUUUUUUAAAUACACAAGACAAAAAUAACAAUCUCAGGUUCAGACUUUGCAAACCACAGGGGGAGCAGCAAUAACAUGUUCUUGCAUCAGGUUGUCUGUUUCCUGACCAUAGUAAUUGCUGUCUACUUUGCCAAGACACAAAGUAGAGAGAUCCUCAUUGUAUUUAUUUUACCACUGUCUGUUCAGAUUAGAUGCUGCAAGCUUGGGAGUGACUUAUGUGGACCUGCAUGCUAUUUUGCAAAUAAUAUGCAGAGGGGCAUUGGACAGUGAGACUGGAGAGAUGCAAUUAGGUUCUCACACUGGCAGUAUAAUUUUCUCUUUUUUGGAAAAAAAACAACAACAACGGUUGAAUUGUUACGGUGAAAGCAAGAUGACAUCUGCUGCUGCAGCUUUCUUGGAGUCUGGUUUUGUUCAGUAUCCACAGAUGCUAAAAGAUCAAAAUCCUCAUUUCACCUGUGAGCUUGCAUCAGAAGUGAAGAUGAAAAGUUCCACCUUAGGAAUUUUUGAUCUUGUGAAAGUUUGAUUAAAGUAGAAUUAGCACUAGCCAGUUAGCUGGGAUGGAUGAGCUGGGAUGAGGUGCUUCUGGAUUCCUCUCAUCGAUACUUAUGAGAAAUAUUCAUAAGUAUCACCAAGAGUUUUCAGAUAGGCUGAGCCAAGGAACAAUCGGGAUAACGUAGAAAUACCAAGAUUCCUGUAUUACUCUGAAAUAACUUACCUUUCAAGAUGCCAAGAUCUUUUAAGCUUGCUUAAAAUGAGGAUGAGGAGAGCCCUUGCAUAUCUUACUUUUGAAUAGAAUGCCAGUGCCGACUUUCCUCAAAUAUAGCCAAAAGUCACAUAAGGCUCAAUAUUUGUAGAAAAAAAAUAAGGUGAUUAUAAUAUAAUGCUCACCAAAACCAAAUUGAGAACCAUAAAGCAGUUUCUUUGGGGUGCAACUGACUCUAACAGUACCAUCGUCUUGCUGCUAACUCUCCAUCUCCAGAAUGUGGAGAGAGAAAGAGAGAGGGAGGGAGGGAGGGAGAGACGUGUCACUUUAACUUCACACAGGUACAAAAUUAUCUAACAUCUUCAGUCUUACAUAGGGAUUUUUCUGGCUUGCAGCAUCUUUCUUUUUUCCCCUGUGACAAAAAGUUUUGUAAGCUUUGUUUUGAAGGCUUUGCUGUGAUUCUUCACUCUUUUGCCUGUUUUAUCAUGUGUCCGUUGUGGUUUUAUUUAUUAUUUCUGUCCUCUUUGUUUCUUGUAUCCCAUGUGCCGUUUUCAUGUCUCCUCUACUGGAUGCCAAUCCCUUAAAAGGAUGUCUUUCCUACUUUCCUCUGGAUCCUAAUGCUAAUGAUAAUAAGCUAUCAAUGUUGUAAUUGCAAUGUAUGGAUUAUAGAUUUAAGUAUUUAUUAUUAUAUUAUUAUGUAAUUUUGCUUCUAUGUAUGUUGAUCUUUGUUUCUCUGUUGUGAAUAUAUAUGGGCUUUUCCCUUCUCCACCUGCCCUCUGCUUUCUCUGAUUCCAACUGUAUGCAAAGGCUGGUCAACCCUGUGGCAUGUGUGAUUGCCAAAUAGUGCACAGAUGGAGGUGGAGAAGUCCUUCUCUCAGGGAUAUCAUGUUCUCUUAAAAACUCUGCCAGACACUGAAGCUUUCCUAGAUCCACUAAAGUUUUGUAGGAAGAAAGACAAAAGCUCUAAUAUGAUUUAAGUUAAGUGACGAGUGCAUCAGGAGGUAUAGAACACCUGUUUUUCAUCUGACAGUAGUUUUCCUCUUCUUGGCUACAAAUCCCAGCACCCACAAUUAUUAUAGCCAUUGUGCUGUGAUGGGGAAUUAUAUUCCUACUUAUCUGUAUGGUAUUAGAUGGGGGAAAGUGGACACAGAGCUAAUGCAGACUAAUUUCAGUGCAACGAUUUCCCCCCAUCCUUGGGAUUAAAAUUUGAUGAGUGCUAAAAACUCAACAAAAUUGUUUGCACUCUGGAGAAAAUCUAAUUUCCCAACCUCUUUUCAAGUCACGAUUCUGUAUCAAUAGCCAUCAUACAAAUACGUUUGAUGGAAGCCAAAAGCAAUUAAAAUGAGGCAUUUAGUCUCCAAAUCCUGUAAUAAAACCCAGUUAAAUUCAAUUUUGUAGUAUAGACUUUUCUGUCACCAUAGUAUUGCGAUUACAUUAGACUAGACAGGAUAGAAGAGAUACAGAGCCUGCUCCCUUAUUGAUAGUGAGGACUUUUUUCAUGUUAACAGUAUUCAGGUAUCAACAUGAAAGACCCAGGUAUUUCAUUCUAAAGUUGUAUAGAUUUCAGUGGAAUAUUUAUCAUUUAAUGUAUUUAGUAUUAUUGCUCCAACAAAAUUCAAAGCUGCAACUCUUUUCUGUAUAGUUGCAUGUCAUGGGCAAGUCUCUCUUGACUUCUUCAAUAUAGUGAAGCAAUUAUGGCUGGUUUGCACACAGAACAAGUGUCCCUCUCUAAUUUGUUGUAGAACCUGGAGUGGCUGAAACCCCCAGGGGCGAUUCCUCUAUCUCUAGGAAUCGUUCAGAGACUGAUAUCCGCCCCACACCAUUUUUCCUUUAUUGCUCAAUGAAUAGAAGUCAGUAUUGCAAAACACACAGGACAUUUCUAAGAGUCCUUUCUAACCAUCUUAUCUGCCACAUGUUUUCCUAGCCGUUCUCAGUAGGAAUCAGUAGAAUAGCCAUUCAACAGAUUGUUUUGAGAUUUCAGAGAGGAGGUGCAAAUUUUCUGUUGCAAUAUGUUGUGUUUAUUUAUUGUUGCUCAGAAUUCUUUUGGAAAGAGUAGAGAAACCGACUUAACCCAACGUUCUCAGAAGGCAUACACAGAAUCCCUCUUGUCUGUGGAGCCACAUUUUUAUUCUGCAAAUUCUUCUGUCUUGUAAAACACAUUAACGGGGGAAUUGGUGACGAGAUGCUGAGCCUCUGACGCAGGCACAGAACUGAAGACCUUCAUCUGUGAAGAUCCUCAAGCAAGUGAUGAAGACCUGAUUCUCGGGGCAAUUCAUAGGCAAGGAUUGCUCUAGGAAUGGAAAUUUGGAUAUAGAGAUCUGUGUGUUCUGGGAAUGAAUUCUGAGUACUAUCUAGGAUGGGUGAAGUGUGCAGGGGGGGAAAUGACACUGCAUCUGGUCUGUGAGUUUGUCCCCUUCCUUCUCUCGUGAUAACCAAACUUACAGCCCCUUCUGCCUGCUAAAGGAAUGCUGACAUUGGAUGUUGCUUGGCAGGAUUGAGUGGUACACUCGGCCCCUGCAUUGACUUUAUUUAUUUAUUACUGAAGGCUGUAAACAGCAGUGCUUUUACCCUCUCUUUCUUUUCCUUUCUUUUGUAUUUGGGAACAAUGUGUUGUAAUAAAUUCCUGAUAGAUGUUUUAA